AUGGUGAUGAUCGUUUCAAACGUCCGUCAUCACCUUUUCAUCGUAGAUCAAGACCGAAGUCCGUUGCUCGAGCUUUUAUCUUCCUCAGCUGUCCUGAAGCUGCUGGAAGACCACGGACUCGAUGUCUCUGCCUCUCGCGUUGCUGCAGUGAGCAGAUCCUACUCUGCCACGUCAUGGUGUAGCUGGUUUGAGCUCCAUGAGCGAUCAGGAUUAACGGGUGAACAUUUGACUAGCAAAAGCCUCGAUGAGGUCGUGAUGCAGCUACUGCAAGACAUCAAAGGCAACAGCUUGCUGGAUAUCAUAUGGCUGACCGAUGGUUCCUACAGCUUGGAACAAGGAGAAGCUCUGAUCAUGUUUGCUCCUUUGAUUACUGCUGUGGAUUGUUUUGGUGCCAGUGUUCGAAUAGUAGUUUGCCCUGAUGACUUGACAGACCCGAAGUGCCGAGACAACUUGAAGGAUUGGCAGGAAUUACUGAAAGCAGAUUGCACGGAAAUCUCAAAAGAAUUCUUGCAAUAUGCUGUCAACCCUGCUGUUGUGGAAGAAUGUUCGAUGGAUGAAAAGAUUUGGCCCAAGGUCGAAGACAUCCUGAGAUGGUCAACGGAAUGGAGAGGUCAGAUGGUGUUUGAUCUUCUAGGACCUAGCACAUCCAUUCGACAUAAGUGCAAGGUUCAAUUUGUCCGUCAGAAUGGCAACUUUUGCAAUUAUGAACUCUGCAAGCAGCACACAAAAUCAACAACAGAUGAAUUGACAAUUUAUGCAAAUACGAUAGAAAUCUUAAAGCCCAUUGACAUGUUGACAAUCCCCAUCCAUUUUUUUGCCGCAGUUUUGAAUCUUGAAUUUCUUGAAAGGGACAUUGUCGCUGAAAAAUUCAAAAACCUUUUGCAGAUGUCACAGGGGAAUAUGGGCUUUCUUUGUAAACUAAGUAGUUAUAAAAAGAUCUUGGAACAUCCUCUCAAGGUAGUUUCUCGGCAAAUUUUGGAGAAAGGCUCUCGAGAUCACAUUCUUGAAGCUGAUUUCACAAAGUUGGAUGACUGUGAAACAUUAUUGGUCAUCCAUCAGAGCUGUCAGGAUGGCUCAUGGCGAAUUACAAUUUUGAAGAACUACGAUUCUAUCAAGAACUAUGAUUUCAGAAUAGGUUCUGCAUUGCUUGAGGAGAUGAAAUCUGCUAUUCCAACGGGGUUAAGGACCAUUGAAGCAUCUGUAGAUACGAAAGAUGCUUCUGUUGACAAUGCCAUUUUGAAGGACUGUGUGUUUGAUUUGAACAAAAGUGACAUGCGAAAUCGUCUUCUCUCAUAUUAUGAACAGGAAAUUGCGAUGGAGUGCAGCUCUAUCAUUUCACAGUUUUCUUCAUCCUUCAAAGAGCGACCAAUCAUCCUGGAUUUUGAAAAGGGUCUGCAUCAGUUACAAACCGUCUCCUCUCAGCUCAGUCCUGUUCAAAAAGUGAAUCAGAACCAUCAAGUUCCUCCUUUCCCGGAGUCAAGAGACCUCGCAGCAAAGAAGAUCAGAUCUGCAUUGAAGAAAUUCAACACUCAGGCAUUUUGUCAAAAGGUCUCUCCAAACUUUGACGAUCAAGGGGUGCACGAGACAUUGGUCGACUACUCAAGAUUCUGCGAUGCUUUCGACAUGAGUGACAGUAACUUCCAUCCAACAGUUGAGCAUUUUCGAGGCGCUGACGGUUUUGAUUGUGUAAUUCCACAAUACCCGAAGCGCACGCAUGGAGUCGACUAUUGUUUCGACGACUGGGAAGAUGUAGAAUUGGAGCUGAGACGAGUUCGCCGUCGCUCAGAGAACAGCAAGGAGAUUAGUGUCGCGCCGGUGAAAGGCAAGACAGCAACCUUGAGCGAAGGAAGAAUGGGGCGACCUGGGGGAACUACUCAGUCUCUGCCUCCUCCUGCUCCACGAGCUUCUGCGGUGCAGCAGAAGAAAGAAAAAUAUUCCAAGCCCCCUGCAAAGCCCACGGGAGCUUCACGAGUAAGUGAGGCAAACAAGGCGCUGGUGCUUGAUUGCAUUGGAAAACAACUGGGAGAACGAAUAGACCGUAAAGACUGCAGGUAUGAAACUUGCAAGACGAAACUCUUCGGCAUGUUCUAUGCCAUCUACAAGGAAGACUUGCGAGCUGGAGCCAUGGUGGGGAACACAGCGAACGAGCUGGUAUCAAACGUGUUGAGUAAGAACUUGGAUCUUAUUCUGAGAUGA